AUGAGAGAACGUGAAGUCGAGAUGCGCAUACUCAAACUCUCUGUACGAAACCUCCACCCCAGCCUCCUUCAUCAACCGAUAAUGCUUCCUCACCAUAGACGGCCUUAUCACCCGAUCCUUCCUCCCGGCCACCAAAUCCACCGGGACAUCAAUACACCCAUAGCAUUCCCCAACAUCCAGCGGAUCGCGGGCCCCAUACGCCUCCAUGUUCGGGCCCGGCCCGUAAUCGAACAUCCGGAACCUUCCGGCCCGUUUCAUCUGCGCCAGGUGGAGGGCAACCCUGAACGCCACCCCAGGCAUGUCGUUCAUGACCCCGACCCAGUUGGAACUGUCCCCACCGACCACGUAGCUCAUGAGGGUCUGCACGAGGCCGCCGACAGCUGGCAGGUUGUGGAAGUCUCGGGCAAGCUUGUUGAGGAGCAUUCGGAAGAAUCGAGUCGGGAUCGUGAAGACGGGGCCCGAGUCGUGGUGGAAGCCAGCUGGGGAGAGGAGGAUGAGGCGGGAGAGGCGGUGCGGGCGGCGGGUCACGGCGUACAUGAGGAUGGCGGCACCGCCGAGGCUGUGACAGAUGGCGCAGAGGUUGUAGGGCUGGGGGUCGGGCUCGGGGUUGGGAUGGGCCGGGCCCAGCUCGGAGGUUUUGAUCUCGUGGAUUUUCUCGAUCAUCGCGGGCAUGGACCAAAGAAAUCAACUAUAAAGCAGUAUCACAUCAGUACCAAAAGUGCACCCCACAAUAGCAACUUUAUGAUCUCACAUCAUCCAGAUAUAAAAUGGAUUGAAAGGAACAUGGACUCAAACCUCAACGAUGCCACGCCUACGGUCAGUAGCCCGCUGAACGAAAUGGUCCUUGAGAGAUUGCAGCCUUCUAGGAGAAUGUGCAACCAAAAGACGACUUCCUGUCUUAGCAGGUUCUUUAGAAGCCUUAUGGAAAGCCGAAGCAAAUAUAUAAUAUGGGGCGCCAAAAAGCAAUUUCAACGGAAACAGAAUCCAUGA